GGAGAGUGGGCCUCAUGGAAGAGGCGUGGCUUCCAGAAGUGCGGGUACAGUGGGCGUGGCUUAAAUAGCCACGGGGUGACCGAGGCGUGGGCGGGGCCUAGCUCACCAUGACAGGGGGCGGGGCCUGCGUGUUUCCUGAGGCGCGAGGGAGCCGCGCUUACCUUGGAGGGCGGGCGGGAUGCAGGCCUCCUGCACCGGCGCGGGCCUCGACAGGCCCAGCUGCUCUGCCUGCGACACCAGCCAGGGCGACAGUCCCAGCGCGCGGAAGCCGGACAUGGCCGGAGCCCCUCGCCGCUCAGGAGGAAAGAGUGAAAGGAAGGCAGCAAUCCCACAAGGCACCGCGACAGCGCCGGCGCAUUUGUUGCGCGUCACGCCUCGCUCCCCUCCAAUGGCCCGCCGUUUGGACUACGACGCCCAGCAUGCAUUGCGCCCAAUAAACCAAGCCCUAUUCCCAGCACAUACAACUCCAAUGCGGGGUUCAGGGGUUUCAAUGGCUCUGACAGGAAGAGGGCGGUUGUUUUGUUUAAAAUAUUAGCUAGCUGCUUGUUUUCCAGCAGGCGGAGCCCGUAUGCAGCGAGCGGGUCCCUCUUCCCUUUUCGUAUCUCUAAGCAGAUCCGGCGACGUAGCGCCUCUCCCGCCCCAAAACUCCGGCUCCCGGCAAGCAAUUCGCCCGCGGGGCUUCCCGAUUGGUCAGGCGGGCGGGUGGGCGCGGCGAAAGGGCGAGGGCCGGCCAAUCGGCGCUUCCCGGCGUGCCUUGCGAGGGAGCUCCGAGGAGAGUUCGGAGGCGACGACGUGUCCGCUGCUGGUCCCGGAGAGGCGACGGCGAGGAAGCGCAGCGAUGGCGGCGGCGACCCAGGGCGAGGCCGACGAGCUCUUCGACGUCAGGAACAACUUCUACAUCGGCGCCUCGCAGGCGGCCAUUAACGAAGCGCAGCGAGUCAAGGUCACAGAAUAAUAAUAAUAAUAAUUUUUUAUUUAUACCCCGCCCUUCCCGGUUCAGAAAACCGGGCUCAGGGCGGCAAACAACAAAUUUAAAGCACUUAAUUGAUGCAGCAAAAAACAGCAUACAAUACAGUAUAAAACGUGAAUAACAAUAAAUUCAGAAUUCAGAAAUCAAUUUAGGGGGGAAAUCCAUCCAAUAAGCAUUAGAUGAUCCUCAGGGCUAGCUGGCUGAAUUGGUCCUACUUGGGCCAGUGAGGAGAUCAGGGGAGAAUUAGCUGUGGGAUCCCAGAGCGGGUAAUCUUCAUAAAAGGGGAGGGGGAGGGAAGGAAGGGGAAUAAAAGAUCAGGCUAAGUUCAAAUUGAAAGCCAGGCGGAAUAGCUCUGUCUUACAGCCCUGUGGAAGAAGUUAACUCCUGAAGGGCCCUGGUCUCCUGGGACAGUGGAUUCCACCAGGUCGGAGCCAUCACUGAGAAGGCCCUGGCCCUGGUGGAGGACAGUCUGACUUCCUUAGGGCCCGGGACGUCUAAAGAAUGGUUAUUCAUCGAUCUUAAGGUCCUCUGCAGGGCAGACCAGGAGAGGCGGUCCCCAUAAAUACGAGAAGAGCCAGAGAUGCUGCGGGGGGAUGUCUGUGGGGAUUGAUUGCGCCUCCCCAGUGGAAAGAGUCCAUAAUCAGCUCAAGUCCAUAAUCAGAACAACAACAACAACCAUUAUACCCUGGGUUGCUCCAGGCACUCUGGGCAGCCUCCAGUGUAUAUAGGAACAUAAUGAAACGUUACACAUAAAAAACCUUCCCUUUAGGUGUCUUCAAAAGGUUGUACAGUUACGUAUCUCCUUGGUUCGGGGGUCGCAGAACUCCAGACCCUCCAAUGACAAUGGGGCAUCCUAAGGGAAAGCGGGACAUUCCAGGAUCAAUCAGAAACUGGGAUGACUUCUGUAAAUCCGGGACUGUCCCGCCAAACAUAUCCUUGAAGCUUCCUGGGAGAUAGGACAGGCGAAAGGAGUGAGAUAGAGGAUGGCAUGUCAACAGCCUGCCAAAGGCCUGUUUGUCAAGGGAACGGUGAUCAAAAUGUGACAUUUCUGCUCAAAUCCUGCUUGAAGCUUUGGGACAUCUGCUUGGCCCAAGCAUGGUGGACUAGAUGCCCAACCACCCCUGGCCUGAACCAGCUGGUUUUUACAUUUCUUAUAUUUCUAUGAGACUUUUCUAUGAGACUUCCUCUUCUAUGUUUCCUCCCACUCCAGCCCUUCAACUCUGCAAAUGAUUCUACUUCCCCCCCUCUUGUUUCUUCAGCCCUCCAGUCCUGACAAAGAGAUGGAAAGGGAUAUCUUCCUGUAUCGUGCCUACAUUGCCCAGGUGAGGCUUCUGAAAAAAAGGACAGUUUGCCUGCUUCCAGGCUUGCCCAAUGUGUGGGUUGAGUUUUGAAGUUUAUAACACCACUGUUUAUAACACCUUGAAAGCAACUGUCUCAGAAACAGCCAUGCCUUCUAUCUUUCCCAAUUCACUUUUGAGACUUCCCAUUUCUCCUUUUGUACAGCGAAAAUAUGGCGUGGUGUUGGAUGAAAUCAAGCCCAGCUCACCUCCGGAACUCCAAGCUGUGCGGAUGUUUGCAGAAUACCUUUCUAAUGAGAGCCAAAGGUGGGUCUGGGUGCCCAAACACAGCAGCCUUUCUCCUGGAAAAUCAAAUUCCUAGGAAUGGUGAUUGGAUUCUAACAUAAUAUCCAGAUUUUAAAAUUGCAGCGCAGUAUGCCUGGCAGGUUGACCCUUAGCAUGUAAAAGCUGUUCCCAGUUAUCCCUAUUACAUAUGUAGAUAGAAGGAACUUUUGAUGAACUUUCCAUCAAAAGGAACUUUUUGAUGAACUUGAUGAACUUUCCAUCGUGCAGCAGUGGAAAUCAUUAAAAAAAACCUAGCUCUAUCCCACUGAUAUACCGUAAAAAUCCUUUGAAUUUAGUUAUUGCAGAAAAAAAUAACACAUAAGUUACGGGUCUCUAAGGGGCAGGAAGAUCCUGAUUGUUUCCAUUCAGUGUGGUGGGAUUUUAUUUCAUGUAGUUUAGUUUCAAAUGUCUCUCCCUCUUCCAUCUAGAGAAUUAUGGUUGACAUGAUUUUAGAUUUGAUGUUAAUUCAUGUGCUUAGCUUUUGUAGGCCCUGCCUCUUGUUGGAUAUAUUAUUGGAUUUUUGUUGUUGGUUUAUUUGUCUCUGUGGUUCUAUAAGCAUUUUGAUAAGCAAUAAAAACAAUUUUUUAAAAAGCCUGGGGAGAGCCUACUGCAAAAGGAGUGCAACCACUGAAAAGUCCCUGCCUUUUGUGGUCCCCUCAGAUGAGGUGCAUGCGUUGGUAGAAGCUAAUUGCAAAAUGGCACCUUAAACCUGGGUUACAGUCGACACAACAAAAUGCCUAGGUGUCAUUUUCCCCCCAGUGAAAUUUUUUAUUAUUAAUCAUUUCAUUUCUAUACCUCUUUAUAUUUUGAAAAAAAAUUCCUCAAAGUGGUUUAUAGCGCAUUAAAACAUCAAAUAAAACAAUACAGAAUAAAACAAAUUCAAGCUUCAAGGAAAAGAUUUCAGAUCCUUCUCUAGGUGACAUUCUGCUUCCCCCAUAUUUAUUUGCCUACUUAAUUUAUAGAGCUGCCCCAUAACAGAAGGAUUCUAUGAAGCCAGUGGGGUGUAGUGGUGAGAGUGUCGAGACUAGGACAGGGUUUGGCAACCUGCGGUCCAUGGGUGACAAGUGGCCCACGGGGGUUGUUUAAACAGCCCACAAGCUGCUCCCAAACCAAGCCGCCCGGUCAGUGAGUCCCCGUCCACCGCACUAAACCUGUGGAGCGGGGACUCCUACAGCGCCGGAAAUCACGUCUGCCGCAUGGAUCCGGCCCACGGAGCGAUCUCUGCGGGAGUGAACCAGCCCAGGUGAGGUAAACCUUGCCAAUCCCUGGACUAGGACCUGGGAGAUCAGGGUUCAAAUCCCCACUCAGUCAUGGAGCUUUCUGGACGACCUUGUGAGUCAGUCACAGCCUCUGUGUUGUUGUAGGGAUUAACUGAGGAGGGGUGUUGGUGAACAAUGGACUCCUUGGAUAAAAAGGUGGGAGAUAAAUGCAAUAAAUAAGCUCUUCUGCUUACUUGCUUAAGAAAGCUGGAGGGGCCAGCCAGAUGGAGAUGUUAGUCGCCAAGCUGGCACCCAGAGAACUCCACGUGGUCACAGCUGGCCUUGCGCCAAUUGCAAAAUGCGCCUGGGGAAUUUCUGACACUAGGUGUUCAGAGAGGGGCCUGUGAAAAGGACCGCAGGAUCCAGGAUCAUGUGGGGAGAGGCAGUUGCAGGUGUGCUUGCAAAUGGUGGUUUUUGCCAUUAACAGUGGUCUUCAAAGACACCCUGGGGCAACUCCCAGGUGAGAGCUGGGAGUGGAGGGGUCUGGGAUGCUUCCAUUUCCUGAUGCUUACUUUAGUGGCAUUCCUCUCUCUCCCUCUCCCCACCCCGGGCCCUGCGUCAAAAGAGAUGCGAUUGUGGCUGAACUGGACAAGAAGAUGGCUAAGAGCAUUGACGUCACUCACAACACUUUCCUUCUUAUGGCGGCCUCAGUCUACUUCCACGACCAGAACCUGGAUGCAGCAUUGCGAACCUUGCACCAGGGGGACAGCUUAGAGGGGUGAGUGGAAUUGGGUUGUUGUGGCAGCGGCUUUUUUUCUUGGCUUAUAGCACAAACCUGAACUGUGCCAGCUGACCUUUAUAAGAACAAGUGUUGACGAAUUGGUGCCUGAGUUUGAUUUCCCCCUCUUCCUUCCCUGCACCUUUUUCCUUGUGUGUGUGUGUCUUCUUAGAUUGUAAGCCUCUGGGCCCAGAGCACCUUGUUUCAAUUGAAUACAUGUCAGCCGCUCUGUGGGAGCCUUUUUGGUUGAAGAGCCCAGUACAAACGGUCAAAACAAAACUGUGGCCGGGGCUUCUCCAGGAGAGUGGCUCCUUCCAUAUUUCGAGGAACUGAUAGCCAACCACAUUCAAAGAGUUGCACUGAGUUGACUAAUGCUUGCUCUGCUUGUAGUAGAUGCGCUGAACUGUACACAUGGCUAAGUUAGGUCUGCUAAUUUCAGUGGGGCUACUCUUGAAUAGGUAUUGCUCAGGACUGCAAUUCCUCAAGGACCACCUCUUUCCAUAUGAACCUACCUGGACCCUGAGAUUAACUUCUGGGGCCUUUCUUCAUGUGCCUCCACCACGAGAGGUCUGGAGGGGGGUAACAUGAGAACAGGCUUUUUCUGCAGUGGCUCCUCUUCAGCUGGCACCUUCAUUAUUCACCUUUAGGUGCCAGGCAAAAACCUUCUUCUUCAACCAGGCCUUUGGCUGAUUGCCAUCCAGCGCCCUUUUAAAAUGUGUCAUGGGGGGCGGAUUAUUGUUAUGGGAGGGGGGAUUAUUUUUGCUAUGUAUUUUGUGUUUUUAUAUUGAGAACCACCCUGAGACUUGCCGGUGUAGGGCGGUACACAAAUUUAAUACUGAUACUAAUAGCAAAAUCGGACUAACAUACAGCCCAUUGAAAUUAAUUGAACUAAGUUAGGUUCUAUUUGCACUGAACAUUUAAAGCAUUAUCUUUUAAACUGCAAAUAAUACCAGGAACUGUAGUUUUCUAAGACUGCUGAGAGUUAAGAGAGUUAUAACUAUUGGAAUGUUUUAACAACCAAUCCUUCUUCCCUGGGAACUGUAGCUCUGGGAGAGGAUUUGGGGGUGUCUCCUAACAGCUCUUGGCAUCCUAAUCAAACUACAGUUCCCAGGAUUCUUUGGGCACUAAGCCCACGAGUCUUUCAGAUGUUAAGAACUUGGCUCUUGUCUGACCAAAGGUCCACAGGCAGCAAACUCACAGGUGCAAGUUCCUAAAACUCUCCCUUCUCUCGUUCCCUCUAGCAUGGCAAUGACUAUUCAGAUCCUUCUGAAACUAGAUCGCCUGGAUCUGGCCCGGUAAGUUUCCCCAGAACCGGAGUCGCUUUCAGCACCAGCCGGCUUCUGUCUGUCCAUCCCCUCGUCCACCUCCUCCUGCACGUGUGGUGCAGUGCGAAAGCAGCCACAGAAAGCUUGGCUCUGUCACACUUAAGCGAGGUCCAGUUUGGAGUCACAUGAUUGGAGACCUCUGCCCUCAGCAGGUCUCCUCUGAGCAGCAGCACCUCAGAAGCUUUUAGGCAUGAUUUUGGAUGGGUCUUCUCGAUGUGGCCAGUCAAUUAUUAUUAUUAUUAAUAUUUGUUUAUAUGCCGCCACUCUGGGCAGCCUCCGACAAAAAAUAGUCAAAACACAAGGCAGCAUCAAACACUAAAAGCUUUCCUGAACAGGGAUGCCUUCAGAUGUCUUUUAAAAAUCACAUAGCUGUUUAUCUCCCCUCUGAUGGGAGGGCGUUCCAUAGGGCACGCGUGACUGUUGAGAAAGCCCCCUGCCUGGUUCCAUCUAACCUCACUUCUCUCAGGGAGGGAACCACCAGAAGGCCCUCGGAGCUGGACCUCCGUGACUGGGCUGAAAAACGGGGGUGAAGAUGCUCCUGCAGGUACACAGGGCUGAGGCCAUUUAGGGCUUUAAAGAUCAGCACCAACACUUUGAAUUGUGCUCAGAAACGUACUGGGAGCCAAUGAGGAUCCUUUAGGAUCGGGGUUAUAUGGUCCCAGUCACCAGUCUAGCUGGUGCAUUCUGGAUUCGUUGUUGUUUCCAAGUCACCUUCAAAGGUAGCCCCAUGGAGAGCGCAUGGCAGUAGUCCAAGCAGGAGAUAACCACUCCGGUGAGACAGGGAGUAGACAGGCAGAGUCUCAGCCGGCGUAACAGCUGCAGCUGGUAAACAUCUGCCCUGGGCCAUCCCUAACCAUUGGGAAAGGACUAUAACUCAGCAGCAGAGCCUUGGUCCGAAGGUCCCAGCUUCAGGCCCCAUUGGCAUCUCCAGGCAGGGCUGGGAGAGAGUCUCUGCCGGUCAGUAUAGACCAGGGGUCAGCAAAAAAUUUUAGCCACGGACCGGUCCACUGUCCCUCAGACCAUGUGACGGGCCAGAGAAGCGGCACUGGGGGGAGAGCUGGAAGAAGAGCCGAGGGGGGCAAGUAGUCCUCCUCCCCAGCCCCGGCUGCUGCGUUUACCUUCCCUGGGGCUGCUGCUUCUCAUGGGUAGGCAGAGCGAGCUGGUCUGCUCCGUUCUCUGGCCCACAGGAGCAGCAGGGCAGUGGUGGUGGAGGGAAGAUGAGCAGUGCAAAAGGGCUGGCUCUGGAGAGGGGCUGCAAAAAUGGCUCUCAGCCAGCUCAGCCCAGCCCCCUUCCUCCUCUAGGCAGGGCGGGGAGAAGCCAGGAGGAGGGAGGGAGGAGGCGCCGCCACGGUGUGUGUGUGGGGGGGAUGGAAUGGCUCAAGGGGGGGAAAUGGUGCAGUCCAAACGAACAGAAUCCCCACAUUGAUCCACGGACAGUCCGCGGGCCGGAUCCUGAAGGCAAUUGGGCCUGAUCCGGCCCGCGGACCUUAGUUUGCCGACCCCUGCUGUAGACAGUACUGAGCUACAUGGAUUAAAUCGUCUGGUUCAGGAUAAGGCAGCUUCCUAUGUUUAAAUCAUCUUUUUUGCUGUGGACCAUGAGGACUAGAAUCUUCGAGUGUCUUUAUGGGAAAGAACAUGGCUGAGUGUUACAGAACCUGUGUUGCCUGCAGAAGGUCCCAGGUUCCAUCUCCAGUAACAUUCUCUCUCCCUCCAUUCUCCAGGAAGGAGUUGAAGAAGAUGCAGGAGCAAGACGAAGAUGCGACUCUGACCCAGCUGGCGACGGCUUGGGUGAAUCUCGCCCUGGUGGGUACCAUAUCGUGUAUUCCUGUGCCAAGGGUGAAGCCAAGUCAUUCUGUCAUUUCUUUAUUAAAACACCGGGAGAUGGAUAUGGCCUAGCAACCCCCUCCCCCAAAAAAGGCUUCAAGAUAGGGAAUGGAGAGACUCCCCUGGGAAGAAAGUUUGCAGUGUUUUGGACUUUUUACUUCAGAGAAAAGGUGAUAAAGAGAGGCAUGGCAGAAGGGGACAAAAUCACACACGGCAUGAAGACCGUGGAGAGUGGAAGGUUUUCCUCCCUCUGUCAUAACGCCAGAACUUGUGGUCAUCCAGCAAAGCUGAACGUUGGAAGAUCCAGGACAGACAAGAGGAAGUACCAUUGUUAACCUGUGAUACUCCCUUCCACAGGAGGCAGUGAUCACCACCAACCUAGAUGGCUUUUAAAAGAGGAUUGGACAAAUUCAUGGAGGAGAAAGCUAGUGAUGGUUCCUAGCCAGGGUGGCUCUGCUCUGCUCCCAUGGCUGGAGGCAGUCGUGCGUCUGAAUACCAGUUGCUGAAAGCCCCAGAGAGGGACGGUGCUCCUGUGAUCUGGUCCUGCUUGCAGGUUUCCCAUUUGGAGCAUCCGGUUGGCUGCUGUGAGAACAGGGCGCUGGCCUCGGUGCGCUGUUCUCCUCUUCUUCGCCAUGGCUAGGGAGCAUCAUGUCCAGGGGGAAAACAAUGCUGUUGGGUUGUAAAGACUGCGGAGAGGAUAAUUGGGUGCACUCUUCCCACCUUGGAUCAAAUCUAUGCUUCCAGGUGUCAUAAGAAAGCUGCAGAGAUAGCGCAGGAUAGUGCGCACCCCGGAAAUGAUCUCUUUCAGCUUCUGCCUUCUGGAAGAAGGUCCAGGGUUAUAAAGACUAGGACUAGCUGCCUGAGAAACAGUGUCUAUCCAAAUGCGAUUUUGGUUUUAAACGCAGUGUAAGGUAGUCUCUAUGGGAGUAUAUUGUAUUUAAUUAUGGGGUAUCAGAGUUUUUAGGGGGUUAACCAGGCUGGGAUAGCUGGGAUAGCAGGCUUGUUGGUUUUUGAAUGUCUGGUGUAGAUUUUUUUCAAUUUCAUUGUUCUGUAUGGGACAAUGACAAUAAAGAUUAUCAUAUCGUAGAGGCCGCAUGUAGCCCUCCAGGCCUCUCCCCUGGCCCUGCUUUACACCAUCCUUGGAAGGUUUUGUUUAUUUUAUUUAUGAAGGGUUAUUGUUUUGUUGUUUUGGUUAAAUUAUUUACUUGUCUUUUAUUCUGUGAAUGGCCCUGCGAUCUUUUGAUGAAGGGCGGUAUGUAAGUAUAAUAAAUAGAAAUAGUGAAAAAAAUUGCCUGGCUGGAAAUGUGUCAUCAGAACCCUUGCUGGACAGAGUAGUAGAGUGAGGAGCAUGUGCAAGAAUGUGCCUGCCUUGCUCCACCCACCUUUAGCCCCGCCCACCACCGGCCUCUGGCUGGAAAACGGCUUGGGGUGGCAUCUCCGCUUGUGACUCUCUCUCUCUGCAGGGCGGCGAGAAGUUGCAGGACGCCUAUUACAUCUUCCAGGAGAUGUCUGAGAAGUGGUCGCCCACCCUCUUGCUCCUCAACGGCCAGGCCGCUUGCUACAUGGGCCAGGGCAAGUGGGAUGAUGCCGAGGGGGUGCUCCAGGAGGCUCUGGACAAGGUGAGGGACCCUCUGAGAUCCCCACCUGGGAGGUGGUCAUUGCAGCAGUUGCUCUUCCCCAUUGGAACUGGCAGGGUGGAAGCCAGGGGGACCCCAACGGCUGACGUGGCAAACCAGAGGCAGAGGCGACGCAUUCCAGUUCUGGUCCUGUCCUCUGUUCAAUGAGGACUAGAACAUUGGGACUUACGAGGUUGUCUCACCCCAUCAGCAGAGCUGCUCCUGUUACAGGUGCUACAUAACACCUGCUCCACAUUCAGGGUGGCAGCUCCUAAACUUUGGAACUCCCUACCAAUUGAAUUCAGGCAGGGAGACUCAGCCCUGUGUGGACUGCACCUGGCAUCUUCUGCGGCCCAAGAGGUUUUGUGCCACCAGCUCAGGGGCAGAUAAUCACAAGCUAGAGGAAUUAUCAGCUGGCCUGGUGAUGAGGUGUCCUCCCUUCUUAGAAUAGCAGAAUGGAAAGAAACCCCCCCUCAAGGGUCAUCCCCCUGCAAUGCAGGAAUCUCGGCUAAAGCCCCCACCCCCAGGUGGCCUGCCAGUCUCUGCUUAAAAACCUCCAAGGAAGGAGAGUCUGCCACCCUCUGAGGGAGUUGAGCAUCUCUUACCCCCAGAGAGUUGAGUCGGAAACUCCUUUCUUGCGAUUUGAAUCCCUCGGUUCAGGUUCUGCCCUCUGAAGCAGCAGAAGACAAGUGGUUCCUUCUCCUUUAGUUUUGACUUCUCCUCCCCCCGCCUUCUCCUCCUUUCCUACAGGACAGCAGCCAUCCUGAAACCCUGAUCAACUUUGUCGUCCUCUCGCAGCACUUGGGGAAGCCUCCAGAGGUGAGGGCCGCCUCCUCUUUAUUUCUUUAUUUAGGCCUGGCGGGGGGUGGGGCUCUGAAACCCACCAGACUCCAGCUCCCAGCAUCCCGGCAGCGGUCGGGGAUCCAGCCGCACCAGGAGGGAUGCAGAUGCUCCCCUUCCAUUUCUGGAAACUAGCACCCCCUAUGCCUGUUUCUCGCUUCAUGGCACCUUCUGUGCUUCCCACCUGCUCCAAAAUCUGUGCUUCCUGUACUUUCCAACUACAAUCUGGGGUGGGGGAGACAUUUGCACCAAGUGAAGCUUCCCAGCUGAGACCUUAGUGGGAUUUCUUUUUUUUAAGACCUUGCAUUAAAAAACAUAUAAAGUGAGAAGCUUCUGUCCCCAGCUCCUUGCCUUCUUCCCUCUCCACUGCCCUUCAUCUAGGAAAAUCAGUGCCGACCCCCAUCUCCUCUCCUCCCUCCCUUUUUAAGGAUAUUCCCCUCCCCUAAAUAUUCGCUUGUGUUAAUCUGGAUUUCCUACACUUGGUGGAAAAAGACCAGAGGGUAUUCUUUGGUUUCAUGUUGGUGCUUAUUACUGUUUUAUUCUUAUUCUUAUUAUUUGUUGUUUUUCUUUAAUUUCAUGAAAUGAUUGUGGAAAAACCUCAAAGUGAUUUAUAAAAAGGAAAACUUCCUAGUUGCUUGUUACUCAAAGCUCUCCAAGCGACCUGCAGCGGAUUUUUUAAUGUUACCAUAAAUAAGCAUGCAUUAGAUUUAAAAGAACACAUUUUUUAUAUUAAAAAACUUAAAACAGAGUUACAUAAUAAAUAAAACUCUUUCCUCCCAGAGGGUGGAUUUGCUUCUGAGUAGGAUGCAGCUUCUGUCCAGCUCUUAAAUUUUCACGAACAUCAAUAAAGUAAUUUAUGGAAAGUGUGGUUCCAUGGUGUUCCUGGUGUGUGAAAGCCAUGCUCCGUGGAUUCUGCAUGUUGAAUAAAAUGCAACCGUGGCGCUCCUCAUCCCCCUACCAUGUUCAUGCUUUAAGGCAGUUAAUUUGUCCAUGAGCAUCAAGCCCCAGGCUUGUAGAGCCAGCGUGGUGUAGUGGUUAAGAGCGGCAGUCUCGUAAUCUGGUGAACCGGGUUCGCGUCUCCACUCCUCCACAUGCAUCUGCUGGGUGACCUUGGGCCAGUCACACUUCUCUGAAGUCUCUCAGCCCCACUCAUCUCACAGAGUGUUUGUUGUGGGCGAGGAAGGGAAAGGAGAAUGUUAGCCGCUUUGAGACUCCUUAAAGGGAGUGAAAGGCGGGAUAUUAAAUCCAAACUCCUCCUCCUCCUCCUCCUCUUCUUCUUCUUCUUCUUCUUCUUCUUCUUCUUCUUCUUCUUCUUCUUCUUCUUCUAUGUGAGACCUGAGCUUCAAAAAAGGUCUCUGCUGAGAGAUCUCCACUGUCUGGCGAUGACUAGCUUUGCAGCUGUUCUCAGGUGCAUGAUUAAAUCUUGCUUUGUUAAGCUGUGAAACUCUGGAGAGAUGUGUAGCUCUACCUCUCGGUCCAUAGGGACAAUUUGCUCCGUAACUGUAACAGCAGCAGGAAUUUCUGCCAGCCCCCAAAGAGCAAAAUGUCACAAUCCCAUCCCAUGGAAAACCCCCCACCUGUGCCAUUUUCUCCCCUCCUGACGACCCCUUUACUCUCCCUUUGUCUGACCCUCCGUCUUCUUCCUCCCUUUGAGGUUACCAACCGUUACCUGUCGCAGCUGAAAGAUGCCCACCGACAUCACCCCUUUAUCAAGGAACACCAGACCAAGGUAAGAGGACCGUCUCUUCUCUUCUGUUCACCCAGCCCGGGGUGGGCUGGGGAUCAUAGGAUCAUAGAACUGUAGAGUUGGAAGGGACCCCAAGGGUCAUCCAGUCCAACCCCUUGCAGUGCAGGAACCUCAGCUAAAGCCUCCCAUGACAGAUCCAAGGAUGUAAGAACAAAGACAGAGCUUUUCAGCCCAGGGUUUCCUCAACUUGGUUCUCCAGCUAUUGUUGGACUACGACUCCCACCAUCCCUAUUUAGCAGGACUAGUGGCCAGGGAUGAUGGGAACUGUAGUCUAGAAACAGCUGGGUACCCAAGUUGGGGAAACACUGUCUUGGAGUUCCCAUAAUUUUUUUUUAAGAUGUUACUUUUAAUGGGAAGUAAAGGGGGGGGUUUACAUAAUCUUUAGGGAUGCAAUAACUUGAUUGUUCAUCUAUUUUCCCAUGUUCUGAACAUCUCUUCAAGAGCAAAAUAUUUUCACAAUGCUUUUAAAACAGAAGAGAAGGCAAGUUACUGGAACAUUACAGUACAGUCCUUUUUAAAGAAAUACAGUGACAAUCCCAGAGAUUGAAACUAUAAGAUUACAAGCAUUUAAGACACCUAGUUUUGAAAUACUUGCAGAUGAUCAAUUUCACUAUGAACAAAAUAUAGGUAGAUUGGAAUCUGAUUUCUUCAUAAAUACUUUCACAAGGAUGGAGAGUUUACAUUUUCUUCAUUGGCAAUAAAAAAGUGCUCAAUUUACAAAAAGGGAUACAUCAAACCCAAAACAUGCAAUGGUUGUUCAUUUUAAAAAACACCCAUAAGUUAAGAGUUCCCACGAGAGCAGUGGGUGGGCAGGGCCCCCCUCACACAUUCCCAAGGAUGUGCUUCGGGAGACUUGAUUCCAUGCAGGGCAUAAACUGUGGAACCCCCUUCGGCAGGAGGCAGCGACGGCCUCCAACCAGGAUGGCUUCAAAGAGGAUUAGACAAAUUCAUUGAUGGCCACAAUGGCCUGGCUCUGCCUCAACGGUGGGAGGCAGCCGUGCUCCUGGAUCCCCGUAGCUGGAAGCUGCAGGAGUGGAGAGUUGCUCUUGUGCGCUCGUCCUACUGGCAGAUUUCUGGUUUGGGUGUGGUUCACGCAGAGAGGCGAGCGACAGGCUCCUCUUUCGUGUCAGGCAAUUCUGCUACCUCCAGUCACGUGGAGGUGAAAAUUCUGGCCCCAAGCAGAGACUGGUUGAGAAUGCCGGAAUGGCACACUCUUGUCAGGUCCACGGCCAUCUGUCAGCGAUGCUUUAGCUAAGAUUCCUGCCUAGCAGGAGGUUGGACUAGGUGAACCUCGGGGUCCCUUCCAGCUCUACAUUUCUAUGAUUCUGGGUCUGUUUCAAUCAAGGUUUCAUCCCCUUGUAAUUCUUCCUUCUGCUUCGUCUGUCUCUUUGCCUUGAAGGAGAAUGACUUUGACCGCCUGGCUUUGCAGUAUGCACCCAGCGCCUAGACUGGCCGGGUGCAAGGAAGCUCCGGAUGGCAAUGUCUUGCAGAGCAGGAUUCUGUGUGCUGGGAUCACCGCUUCUCCCGUACAGGUGAAACCUGAAACCGGUCCUCCCCACGCGAGUCCGCCAUGGGGCAGCAUCGAAAUCCCAAAACAUUUUUUGCCCUGUGCUAUGCAGAAAAGAGAUUUCUGCAGACUGUAGUUCGAAACAUUCCCAAUAAAACCUCUGCUAGAUUUAACUACCUGGCUCUUUCUGAUUGUGAAAACUUUAAGCCGCCUUGGACUAGGGCAGCCCAGGAUCGUCAACAUGGAGAUGAACCUGGGGCUUUACAGCUGCCGCACUAAGCUGAAAUCAUUUCCCUGCUCCGGAGUUCACCUUCGUGGGAGCCCAGUGAUAUUGACAGGAGGUUUGUUUUGUGGCCCCCCAGACCAGAAGGACUUCACCUGGACGGUGCCCACUCCCCCAGGUCUGCUCCCCUCCUCGGCUCAACUCCAAGCCCCUGCUUGAGUACUUCCAGCUGGCCUAUUUCCUGCCCAGGCAGAGAGAAGCGCGCUUUGGGAGGACAACCAACAAAACCUCUGGCUUUUGGUCUAGCCCAAAUCUCUCUAUAUAUACAAUGGGGCCCUUUGCUGCUUUUGCCUGGGGCCUUACGCACACUGGCAUGCAACCCCCCCAAGGUGGAAAUUCAGAUCAUGUCGCCCUGAAAAGUUUUCCUUACACCCUGGGAUAAAAGAACCAUUUCCUGACCCUUGGGUUUUCCUUUACUUUUUAUUUAUUAGUAGAUACCAAAUGAAGUGUGUUUGGGGGGGGGGUCAUUUUGAAGCUCUGGCAAAAAUGGGGCACCCCUUUCAAGAUUGGGGAUUUUGCCUAGAGAUUUUGUUUGGUUUUUUAAAUAAUAAUAUUUUAUCCCUUUUCCGUAUAGAAAGUUGCAUUUAUUACUCAACAAUUGUAUUCCAAUUCAACAGAACUAGUGACUUCCCACUCGCCCAACAUCAGUGUUUACAUACAAUGGCAUUUUACAGUCCUGUCUUAUCUAAUUUCAGCCUAACAUGUUUCUUAAUAUGUUCUGCUGUUUUCCUACUCUCCAAAUACCGCUGUGGCUUUCACUUAUGAGAAACAACUUUUUAUAUAGACUAGGAAAGUCUCCUUUAAAAUAUUCAAAAUUUGUAUCUCUUAUCAGCGCUAUCAAUCUUCCCGUCUCUGCAUGUUCUAAGAUUUUGUUUGAUUUUUUGAGUGAUAGGGAGCCCAUAAUGCAGCGAGGUUUCAGAAGGACAUUACUUGUUGUUUACUAUUGUAACAAUUGUUUUCUCAAAAUUUAUUUGCUGUACCAUGAAAAUAAAUAAAAACAGUAUGAAAAAUGAAAAAGAAAUAA